AUGGAUGCUCUUUCUCUUGCUGUGCGUUUUGCUCCUACAGAGCAGGAAAUUUUUGAAAGGUUUCUAUUCCCAAGGCUGGCCGGAGAUGAGGAAGCGUUGAGGAACUCUCUUGUACAAUUCUUUGAACUCUACGAUCAAGAUCCCACCGCUGCUGCGUUUCCACCACAACCUUACUUCUUAGCUAACAACCACUACUUCUUCGUUAAUCGUGCUCCCUUAACGCCGGCGUCUUCUCAACCGUAUCGAGAAAUUGACAACUUAGCAUCUCAGGGAAGAUGGAAGAUGGUGGGUAAGCCGAAGAUAGUUAAACGUGGGAACACAAUAAUACUUGGAAAAAGGAACACUCUUGACUUUGUGACUGUGGAAGGGAAGAGGACAGGGUGGCGACAAUAUGAGUACGAAAGGAUCCUCGACGCUCCCAUCUUCCAGACGGUGGUGGUUGUCCAUAUAUUCUAUCAACCGGGGCUCAACCAAAACGCAGACGUGAAUCAACUUGGGGAUGUUUGA